AUGGACUCCUAUGAGUUCAUUGACACUCCCAUUGCAACUGCAACAAAGCUGGAUCUUGAUGACGAUAGGAAAAGUGUGGGACAGAAACUAUAUAGAGGAAUGAUUGGGUCACUGUUGUACCUCACAACAAGCAGGCAUGAUAUUGUAUUCAUUGUGGGAUUAUGUGCAAGAUUUCAGGCAAAUCCCAAGGAAUCUCACCUGAAGGCUAUCAAAAGGAUACUACGAUAUCUCAAGGGGACCCCUGACCUCUGUCUAUGGUAUCCCAGAGGGUAUAGCUUUGAUCUAGUUGGUUAUGCUGAUGCUGACUAUGCAGGUUUUCAUGUUGACAGGAAAAGCACUUCAGGAAUAGCUCAUUUUCUAGGUUCUUGUUUGGUGUCUUGGGGAACUAAGAAGCAAAACUCAAUGGCCUUAUCUACAGCUGAGGCUGAAUAUGUGGCAGCAACAUCCUAUUAUGCUCAGUUGCUAUGA